CACGCACGCGCACUUGGGCGGGAGCGCGGAGAGAAAUGAGAGAAAUGGAUUAAAUUCUUUUAUAAACUGAUGGCGAGUAUGAAUUGGCAGUAAUGCACCGAGCCCGGGAUCAUUCCUCUCCUGUCCAGCUCCUCCACAUCUUUAUCCUCUCACUGGGUGUGUUGGUGUGUCAUGGAGAUGAUGGAUCCUGUCAUGGAGCGUUUGAUCUUUAUUUUGUAUUGGACAGGUCCGGGAGUGUCGCGCUCAACUGGCAGGAGAUUUACGAAUUUGUGGAGCAGCUAACUAAUCGUUUUGUAAGUCCAAAGAUGAGAGUUUCGUUCAUAGUGUUUUCCUCUAGUGCAGAUGUGAUUCUACCGCUCACUGAAGACAGGGCUGCAAUAGACGAGGGUUUGGAGAGCUUAAGCAAGAUCAGACCUGCUGGUGACACCUACAUGCAUGAGGGGUUUAUUCAGGCUCUGGAGCAAAUGAAGGCUCAAGUCAAAAAAGCACCAAGCAUCAUAAUUGCACUGACAGAUGGGAAAUUAGACCUGUACAUACAUACAUUAACAGUGAUGCAGGCUGGUCUUGCGAGACAGUUUGGUGCCCGUGUGUACUGUGUAGGCGUGACUGACUUUGAUGUCGAGCAACUUGUUGAUAUUGCAGACAGCAGAGAUCAGGUGUUUCCUGUGGUGGAAGGAUUUCAGGCGCUCAAGUCAAUAGUCAAUUCUGUGAGACAAAAAUGUUUACAGUACUACCCAUUAAGCUAUGACGUGAUUGUCUGUGCAUGUGUCCAUAUAAAUAAUUAUAAUGAAUGUUAUUUACAGAUUUUAAAGAAGUCCUGCAUUGAAAUUUUUAACAUCGAGCCGUCCACUGUGUGUGUGAAUGAAUCAUUUAAUGUUGUGCUCAGAGGGCGUGGCUUCGGUCAGGGACAGAGCGUGGAUUAUGUUGUCUGCACAUUCUCUGUCAAUCAACAGGAAACAUACAAUGAGAGAGCGAGUGUGGUGAAGGACGAUUAUGUGCUGUGUCCUGGUCCACUGUUGACUGAAGUUGGACACUCUAUUGAAGUGUUGAUUAGUUUUAAUAAUGGCCAUUCCUACAUUUCAAGUCCCAUCACGAUACAAGCUACCACAUGUUCUAAUGGGCUGGUGGUGCUUCUGGUUGUUCUGGUUCUGCUGCUGCUUGUGGCUCUGGCUCUGUUCUGGUGGUUCUGGCCGCUCUGCUGUACUGUGGUCAUUAAGGAUCCUCCACCCUCUCGACCUCCUCCUCCUCGUCCAGUUCCUGAACCAGAGGAGGAUCCACUUCAGAAGAAAAAGUGGCCAACUGUGGAUGCAUCCUACUACGGAGGCAGAGGGGUUGGUGGCAUAAAACGGAUGGAGGUUCGUUGGGGUGACAAAGGUUCCACAGAUGAAGGAUCUCGACUGGAAAAAGCCAAAAACGCUGUGGUUACAAUGCCAGAGGAAGUAGACGAGCCGAUAAUAAAAGUUCCUCGUAGACCACCACCUCCCCAUCCUCCUCCUCCUCCAAACAAAUGGUACACCCCGAUUAAGGGCCGCUUUGAUGCUUUAGUGGCUUUACUACGCCGCCAGUAUGAUCGUGUUGCUGUUAUGCGACCCACAGCAAAUGACAAGGGGCGCUGCAUCAAAUUCACCAGGAUUCAGAGCCAGUAGUGAAACCACUACUCUUUUUAAAUGCAUGUUUUUAAAUUGGUACACGUUUGUAUAAAUUAUGUUCUGUCAUUAGAGAAAGUUUAAAUUAGUUUAUUUUAUAUUUUGUGUACAUUUUAAAAUUUUGUAAUUUUUUAAACAAUGCCAGUUUUUUAUUUUGAUUUGUUUGUGUGCAAGAGAAAGCUAUAGCAAUGCAUACUCACACCAUUACUAAGAAAAACAAUAAGUAUGCUUUUUUAGAUGUGCAGAAGUUCCCUGUAUACAACAUGUAAACAAGAAAAUCAACAAAGCAUUCAAAUGUUCAGGGAUAUUCAAACUCUUGCAUUAGACUGUACAUGUGGUAAUAAUUUGCUAAACAUGCAGGACCACUGUGCUACUAGAUUUUCUGUAUGCAAAAGCUGGGCGGCACGGUGGCUCGGUGGGUAGCACUGUCGCCUCACAGCAAGGGUUUGAUCCCCAGGUGGGGCGGACCAGGUCCUUUCUGUGUGGAGUUUGCAUGUUCUCCCUGUGUCUGCGUGGGUUUCCUCCGGGAGCUCCGGUUUCCUCCCGCAGUCCUAAAACAUGCAAGUGAGGUGAAUUGAAGAUACAAAAUUGCCCAUGACUGUGUUUGACGUUAAAACUUGUGAACUGAUGAAUAUUGUGUAACGAGUAACUACCGUUCCUGUCAUGAAUGUAAAACAUGGCAUUAAAAUCCUAAUAAAUAAAUAAAUGUAAAACAUAGAAAUGUUCAGGGAUAUUCAAACUCUUGCAUUAGACUGUAUAUGUGGUAAUAAUUUAUUAAACAUGCAGGACCACUGUGUUACUAGAUUUCUCUAUGCAAAAUUGAAAAUGGAAAAUGGACAAAACACAAAUGUAUUACAGUAGAAUAGUGUUAUAAUUCUAAUCUGAUGUCACACUACAAAACAAUUGCUAAAUUUCUCUACUACUGUUAAAUAAAGGAUUUUCUGUGUGUA